GCGAUGGAGCAGCUGAUGACAGACAUCGAGGUGAUGCCGGUGCGAUUGAAGCAGAAGGACAUGCCGAAACUCGUCCGCACCGCGAGGGUGAGCGUGACGGAGACGGGCGCGCUUCUGGAAGGCGAUUUCAUCGCGCUGCUUCCCCACAUCGCCAGCCGUGCUUUCGAGCCCGAGGAGGCCGCCGCCUUCGCGGACUUCGGGGUCCCGGUGCCCACCGCGGGCUGCUGCGGCCCGGCGCUGCAGACCCAGGCGCUGCUGCAGCUGCUGGGCAGGGCCACGGCGUCCUCGCACGUGGCGGCGCUGCGGCUCGCUCGGCACGCCUUCCCCAAGGCGCUGCGGCAGUACGUGCUGGACUACGCGCAGGCCACCGUCGCCGCCCUCAACGGCCGCCUCGCGCGCGGGGAGACGCUGGGCGAGGCCGACUUACCGGAGGGCUUCGAGGUCGUGGAGCGGGAGGAGCCCCCGGACUACCUCCUGCCGGACGGGCUCCCCAUCCCAGCCAGCGAGAGGCACUGCGUCGAGAUCCUCGACGAGAUCCUGGCGAAGGCCCUGGGCAUCCACUUCCUGGAGCCCGCGGGGCCCGGAGGAGCCGCAGCCACCAAGGCGGUGGUCCGGGGCCACGAGGACCUCUCGCAGCUGGCGCCCGCGGUCCCGGAGGAGCUCGCACCCUUCGGCGGCCCUCGGCGGCCUUCGGCGGCGCUCGCGGCGAACCUCACGGCGGCCUUCGGCGCCGCGUCGCCCACGGGCGGGAGCGACCCGGCGCGGGACGGCUCUCUCCGCCGCGGGAUGAGGAAGGGCGUGCUCCGCGCCCUCGGCUUUUGCGCCGUGGAAAGACAUGGCGUGGGCCUCGACGUCCCCCCCCUCGCCAAGCUCAUGGGGCUGCCCCGCACGGCGAGGCUCUUGCAGCUCGCCACUUGUCAGCGGCGGCGGCCACCCAAGGAUGCGGAGAGCAUCAGGCUGGAGAGGUACGAAGACCUCCUGAAGCGUGGCCGCAAGGUGCCUGACAAGAGGCGAAACUGGUACGAGAAGCUUUGCUUCUGGAGCGAUGCCACCACCAGGGAGGGCGCCCGAAUAUUUGUCGUGGCGCCCCGCGGCCCCAAGGGGGAGACGGACAUAUUCAUCGACAUGUGGGAGUUGUUGGCUUUCUCUCUGAGCAAGAUGCACGACCACGUCGUCAAGGAGUUCAAGCCUUUCGCCAUCGUCUGGACCCAGUUCAGUGACCACCGCUUUUGGCCGUGUUCGAUGUGGCAAGUGAAGGACUGGUUGCACCCGAGUUAUUCCAGAAGCAUUGAUGCCGUCCACAUGGUGCAUCCAUCGUGGACCAUGCGCGCCAUGAGCCUUUUUUUGUGGCCAGUCGCAGAAGAUGAGUUCUGGAAUUACUGCCACAUCCACGAACGCAUCGAGUUCCUAGCAGAGUUCAUUGAUCUCAGCGUUUUCCGUUUGCCGAAGGACUUGUACACGUAUGAUAAGUAUUUGGACAAGCAGGCUCAGGAAAAUGUCGAGCAUACCCAGCAACGCAUGGGAAACAUGGGUAUGGGAAUGUUUGGCGCGGGCAUUCCAAACGCUCCCCAGACCGAGGAGGAGAAGGAAGCCCACGCUGAGAAGCUUGAGGAGCUGAAGGCGAUGCUGUCCAGGAAGGGCUACCAGAAAAAGGAGGACUGA